UGGGCGGGUCACUACGUCAUUUCCGUAUAAAAAUAAAACGAAUGUUAUUUUAUUUAUGCUAACGCUAGCCUCAUUGCUUUGCGACCAAUUUGAGUUCGGACCGAUUUAAUUCAGCUUUAACUGAUCCUCCGUUGCAACGGAAAGCCGUGAAAAACCAGAUGAAAUUUUAUUUUCCUCCUUUCUUGGAAUGAACUCGGCAGCAGUUAUGGAGCCCCCCAGCAAGCCUGUGUCCAACCAGGUUGCUGAUGUGGUGUUUGUCAUCGAAGGGACGGCCAACCUGGGACCGUACUUUGAGUCUUUAAGGAAAAACUACAUUCUUCCAGCUAUCGAGUAUUUCAAUGGAGGCCCCCCUGCAGAAACAGAUUUUGGUGGAGAUUACGGAGGAACUCAGUACGGUCUGGUGGUGUUCAACACAGUGGACUGUGCUCCUGAGUCAUACGUCCAGUGUCACGCACCAACCAGCUCUGCUUUUGAGUUUGUGUCGUGGAUCGACAGCAUCCAGUUUAUGGGGGGUGGAGCUGAAAGCUGCAGUCUGAUUGCAGAGGGACUUUCUGUGGCCUUGCAGCUUUUUGACGACUUUAAAAAGAUGAGAGAACAAAUAGGUCAGACACACAAGGUGUGUGUGCUGCUGUGUAAUUCUCCUCCAUAUCUGCUUCCUGCUGUGGAGAGUGUCAGCUACACUGGCUUCACAGCAGAUAACUUGGUCAAAAUCAUCAGAGAUAGAGGAAUUCACUUCUCCGUGGUUGCUCCUCGGAAGCUGCCGGCUCUGAGGGCGUUGUUUGAAUGGGCAUCUCCGGUCGCAGGUUCUGUAGAACCUCAUCCCGACUACAGCCAGGAUCCGUUCCACAUGGUGCUCGUCAGAGGCAUCUCCCUGCCUGUUUCCGCAGGCGGAGGACCACCACACAAACCAGUCCUGCCUCUUCAGCAGCUGCCUGGCAGCCAGUCUGUUGUUGGACCUUCGCAGGCCCCCCCACCCAUUAACCCCACACACCCUUAUCAGAAUCCGGCCCCCAUGUCUGCUGCUCAGGUGGCUGCACAGAUGGCCGUGGAUGCAGCCAAUAACCAGAAGAAUCGCUUCGGUGUAGGUGGGCCUCCAUUUACGAAUCAGCCGCCCAUCUCUCAGGUUCCUGGAUUGAAGCACAGUCAGCCCAACAUGUCAACAGUCACCACAGUGAACCCGCCAAUGAUGCCACAGCAGGUUCCUCCCAAUCCACAGCAGCCGGUUCCACCCCCGGGACAGCCAGCGGCCAAUCAGCAGGCACAGCAGCAGCCACAGCAGCAGCCCACAGCAAAUCAGCCCACGGCAUCGUCGGCACAGCCCAACAUCGCUGGUGUUGCCGGAGGUCAAGGCAAUGCAAACCCAAUUGGACAACCUCAACUGGUGGCAAAUAAAGUUGUGGCCUGGACCGGUGUUCUGGAGUGGCAAGAGAAGCCCAAGGCCUCUUCUAUGGAUUCAACCAAGCUGACGCGUUCUCUGCCGUGUCAAGUUCACGUAAACCAAGGAGAAAACCUCAACACAGACCAGUGGCCACAAAAGCUCAUUAUGCAGCUGAUCCCACAGCAGUUACUGACGACAUUAGGUCACCUGUUCAGAAACUCUCGAAUGGUUCAGUUUCUCUUCACCAACAAGGACAUGGAGUCCCUGAGGGGGCUCUAUCGCAUCAUGGCCAAUGGUUUCGCAGGCUGCGUGCACUUUCCCCACACAACUUCACCAUGUGAGGUGCGGGUGCUAAUGCUGCUGUACUCAUCCAAGAAGAAAAUAUUCAUGGGCCUGAUCCCCAAUGACCAGAGCGGCUUCGUCAACGGCAUCCGGCAAGUGAUCACCAACCACAAGCAGGUCCAGCAGCACAGAGCGCAAUUAGGUGGAGCAGGGGUUCCAAUGCAGCCCAAUCAAGUCCCCCCCAACCAGAAUUUUCUGAACCGGCCCCCUGGUCCCAUGCCGGUUUCGCACGGCAACGUCCAGCAGCAGUCUGUGGUGGUGGGCAUGCCCCCUGUUAGUCAGGUCUCUAUUAUGGAGGAGCAGCAACGGCCGAGCAGCAUGAUGACAAUGAGAGCAGCAGGACCAACCAAUCAGCAGCCACCGGUCAGUGUAGCUCCACCCAAUCAGGGUGGACAGCCCCAACAACAGGGAUCUAUACUCCGUCUCCCGAAUCCAGGAGCCAAUCCGCAGCUUCGGAGUCUUCUACUUAGUCAGCAGCAGCCGCAGGGUGCGGUGUCUCACAUGCCAAAUAUGAUGUCCCACCAAGCUUUAGGACAGCAGAUGGUCCAUCCGGCACCAGGAGGGGGGGCUCAGAUGCAAGGCCAGUGGAGGCAGCCCAUGGCAGGUCAGAUGCUGAUGUCUGGUGGUCAGCGAGGACCCAUACCCCAGCCAGGGAUGCCCCAAGUCCCCAGCAUCACGGAUGAGGACGUCAUCAGGGAUCUUCUCUAACGAUUCGGAACCAUAACGGACUCUGGAACCUUGAUUUUUUUUUUUUUGUUGAAUCUUGCCAGCUUACUUCCAGUUUGGAGUUAUAAUUCUGCAUUUUUUUCUAUUCUUGUUUAAAUGUUGAACAUAAUUAAACAAGCUUUUUUUAGCACUAGUGUGCAGCCAGAGUUAAUUGGGGGCAGCAAAAUUAACGUUUUCAUGGAAAUGGACAAAUCGUGAACACAGUAAUCCUUCACGCUACAGACUGGACUGAGCUGCUGGAAGCAGAAACCUUUAUUGUUGGAAAAAGUAAACAUUGCUCUUUCUCUUUUCUAAAAUAAAGUUAAGUCUUUAGAGAUAAAAUAAAACUGAGCAUAGAAAACUGAAGAAGCACUUGAUCUUAAGGCUCUGCGUUGGAGCAAUUUGGACUCAAAAGGUGAGAGGGAGAUGCUGAAAUAGAUCCACUAAUAGUUCAGUGUCUUUUCCUGCCAAAUAGUGUCACAGUGUUAAUUUUAACUACUCCAAUAUGUCCAGAAACCAUAGAUGGCCUCGCUGUGCCAAGUAGUCCUACCAGAUGGCAUCAGUUGGCCACGUUUCCAUUGGCAUCAUGUACAAUCAGGCUGGCCGCAUGCGCACACUGAGCAGCGUUGGUCUAUAUGCCCACAGCGAGCUCUUUUAAUGCGUCCUCGCAUGCAUUUGAUUGGAUUUAGAGUUCCAUAAAAGCAGAUGCAGUGCGGUCAUUGACCCGACGGUGGUGGUUCUGAAAGCUGCACAACGGUAGCAGGAUGGACAUACGUCAACACGUCCCAGCUUGUGCAGCUCCUUGGACACUUGUGUACACACUAACCAACAGGAAGUGAUGUCAGACUGUGUGUCACCUGGGAGACGGAGACGGUUGCUAAGAUACCGUGACAGUGGGUUCUUGUUUUUGAGCCUUUCUCUCCCUCGUUUCAGUCCCGUUUUUUUUUUCUUCACAUGGACUCACAGAUAGACACUAGUUCCUCAGAGGCUGGAGCUCAUCCCUCCCAUCCCUUAAUCACUGGCCGGCCCCUCAGAGCCCCGGCUUAGCCUCACUGUUUCUCUCUCAUCCAUCAGCUUCCACCUCACCAUCGAACUAUUACGGCCUGUCUGAACUCAUAACUUUUUCAGUUUCUCUAUUAUUAGCAGCAAAAAUGUCUAAACAAUUAUGGAUUAGGGUAAAAAGAAAACACACAGACCUCGCUUGUUGGCCAGUCAACAAUAAGGGAAGGCUGCUUUGUUACACACGCUGUCAUUGCAAUGCUAUAGGUCAGAUAUAGAGUGUAAAGAGUCUUGCUGCAUACAUUUUAAGCUAAAUUAGAUUUUCUCUCAGAUCAAAAUGAAAUAAAGUUCAGUUUCCACAGAU